GAGGAGCAUUCGGAGGCCAAGUAUGAUUGCAUGGCGGGCUACUCCAAUUGGAGAAGCGGUUGGUCUUUAGACAAGAAAUCCUGGCCGGGGAGCCUUGCAAGGGUGCUGCGACAAGGAGCAGCGCGGUUGUGUUUGAGUGGCCGCACGGCGCACCUGCAAGGUGGUGUCCGACUUCAUGGAGAA